AAAUUAUAAACAUGAAGAAGCUUCUGAUUACAAUUCCUAUUUUGGGCUGUGCCCACACUAUUGCUGUUCAACAGCUCUCAGAAAUAACAUACAUUCGAAACAACGCAUCAUCCGACCACACACUAAGGUCCGCGUUAAAUGGCGUUAUGAACGAGCGUGAUGAGCUCUUGGAAGCCGCCAUAGAAAUCAUUAACGAAUCAAAUGAUCAAGGCAAGGUAACGGUAGCAAAGACUGCAUAUACGAACUUUAAAACCCAACUCCGAAAACUCAACAUAGAAAUGGGAUUACUCGAGGGUCCUCUUUUGGAUGUCAGAAGUUGUGACGAUAAGGAUAUCAGUGGAAAGCACGAGAUCUUUAGGCAAAAGCUUAUUGAGUACGACAGGCUCCAUGUACAUGUACUCAGGACAUUCGGGUCUGUAUCUGACACCAUUUUGGAUCUUAUCACCGAGCUUCCCUCGGAGUACGCAAAGUUCAAGACUCCAGAUAAGUUUAUAACUGCUUCCAAAUGCUAUCUCGAUGCAUCUUGCAAGGUUAUGAUGAUGAACAAGAUUGCUAAAAUCAUCACGGACAGAUCCGAUGAAUGUGGUUUAGCUUCCCAAAGAGAUGCCUUCUAUGACUACGCCAUAGACGGAAUAAAUGAACUCAUUGACAAAUCUGAAGAGUCCCUCUCUAGUUCUCCAAAGGAUAUUAACGGAGAUGUUGACAUUGAAAAAAUCAAGAAGAUCCGUGACAGUGUUGACACACAUUACAAAUCUGCCACUGCUACCUUUGAGGCCUUUUCAACCUCGUUGCUUAAAAAGUAUAGCGAUAAGGGUAUCACAGUGCAGUCAAAGUCACUAAACGAUAUACUUUCAAAGCUCAGAGGAGUUACCAAUAUCUCUGGAUUCUCUAUGCCAUUCAUCCUGUCCACGAUCGCAUUCGUUUUUGUAAAUUUAUAUUUUUAACAAACA